AUGCCGUUUGGCUUAACUAAUGUUCCAGAAACUUUUUUCACUCUCAUGAAUGAUGUCUUCCGAUCCUUGCUAGAUACCUGUGUUGUUGUCUACCUGGAUGACAUCCUGGUCUUCAGUAGAACGGUGGAAGGGCAUCGGGCUCACCUGGCUGAAGUAUUUAAGCUACUACGGAACCACAAUUUAUUUAUCAAAAAAGAAAAAUGUACUUUUGCACAGACUGAAGUCCAGUUUUUGGGACACAUUGUUGGACAUGGUAUGUAUAAACCAGAUCCAGAGAAAUUGCGAGCUAUAGAAGAUUGGGAACCACUCAGGUCAGUUCAUGAUGUGCGUCAGUUUUUAGGAUUAACAAACUAUUAUAGGAAAUUUGUUUUCAGUUAUUCUAAGAUUGCUGCUCCUUUAACUGAUCUUUUAAAGAAGGACCGAGGCUCGAAAUGGGGUCCCAAACAACAAAAGGCGUUUGAACAGUUAAAGGAAAAACUCAUUAAGCAACCAGUCUUGGAAUUGCCUAAGUAUGGUGAACCAUUUGAAGUACAAACAGAUGCCUUCGACUUUUCUUUGGGUGGAGUCCUCAUGUAG